CUGACUUCUUCAUUCAUUCCAGAAAUACCUAUCAAGAGAGCAGAAGAUUGCACAUUCUGUCGCCUUCUUGAUGUUGUGAUGGGUGUUUGACCGUUUUCAGUUUCGGUAGUUUGCAAAGUCAGAAUACACCUCGGUGACGGCCGCGGUUCUCGACAGCCGGAGCUUCAAGCCAAUACCGGGAGGGGGCGGGGCCCGCGAGCUGCGCAUGCGCCUUCCUGCUCCCUGGGCAAAGGUGGCGGGACUCCGCAGCGUGUCUGCUGUGCUAGCACGGUUUCUUGGCUUCGGUAGCGGCGACGGCCUGGCCGCGAGGUGCAGCUACUGGUGGGCAGUUGUAUGUACAUGUUUGUGUCCUUGUUGGGAUAUGUGCAGUGAGUGCCGGUGCCCUCAGAGGCCUGAAGGUGUCCAGUCCUCUCGGAACUAGAGUCACAUACAGGUGUACUGAUAUCAACAGACUAUGAGCUUUCAGAACCUCUGGAGAGAAUACAAAGUUCUGAUUGUUAUGGUACCUUUAAUUGGGUUCAUACAUUUGGGGUGGCACGGAAUCAAAAACAGCCCUGUCUUCCAAAUCCCUAAGGACAACACCCCUGAACCAGAUGGUCUGGCACUUGCAAGUCAGCCGAAGAGCCAAACCUAGGAGAGGUAGCAGGCUUGCACUUUGCCGAAAGAAGCAACUUUGAAUCUGAACUUGAUAAUAAAAGAAGAAAUGAGAAACCCCAGUUGGGUUAGAAAGAACUGGCUUCUUGUAGCUGGAGUGACUUUCGUAGGUGUCCAUCUUGGAACAUACUUUAUACAGAGAGCUGCAAAAGAGUCUGUGAAGUCUCAGUCCAGAGACAAACAAAAGAAUAUUGAAGAAUGAAGCAAAAUAAAUACUUGGGAUUAUUAAUGUCAUUAAAUUAAUAUAUACUGGUUUUUGUCUGAAAACAACUUGAUUUUAUAGCUGAUAAUGCUGAAUAUGCAAGCUUUCAUCUAUGAAGAAUAGUUUUUAAUGUAACCUACAACAGUGCAAUAAAUGAAAAACUUGUAAACAAAAUAAAGCUGCCUGUACAAGUUCCACCUGAAGCAGGAUGUCUCGUUUCGAAGCUAAGAAACCAUCGCUGUGUAAAACUGAACCAUUGACAAGUGAGAGAGUCAGGUCCACACUGUCUGUCUUGAAGGGAGUCCUAGCCUCAUGCUAUGGCCCUUCAGGGAGGCUGAAGCAGCUACACAAUGGCUUGGGAGGGUGUGUGUGUGCAACCUCCCAGUCCUCAGCCCUGCUUCGAAACCUUUCAGUCACCCAUCCAGCAUUAAAGGUCCUAACAGCAGCUGUGCAGAAUCAUGUGACCUGCUUCAGUGACUGUGGUUUAUUUACAGCCAUUCUGUGCUGUAACCUGAUUGAAAAUAUUCAGAGAAUAGGCUUGACACCCACGACAGUUAUUAAGUUAAAUAAAUACUUCCUGAGUUUCUGCACUAGUUAUCUCAAGUCUGAAGCCUGUAGCUGUCGAAUCCCAGUUGACUUCAGUAGUACACAUAUCUUCUUUGGCUUGGUACAUAGUAUCUUAACCAGCAAACCUGCCUGUAUGCUUACCAGAAAGGAAACUGAUCACAUCAGUGCUUUGAUCUUGAAAGCUUUUUUACUUACAAUCCCAGAAAGUGCAGAAGACCGAAUCAUUUUAGGGAAAAGUAUAAUUGUUCCCGUAAAGGGCCAAGGAGUUACAGAUUCUACUGUAUUGCCUGGACUGCUCAUUGAAAUGUCAGAAGUUCAAUUAAGGAGAUUAUUACCCACCCAGAAGUCAGGUGCCCCCAAGGUGGCACUCUUCUGUGUAUCUUUAUCUGGAGAUUUUUCUGAUGCUGGAGAAGGAACUAUGGUGGUCCCUUACCAAGUGUCCCUAGAGAAUGCAGUUUUAGAGCAGUUGCUUAAUCUGGGAAGGCAGCUAGUCAGUGACCGUGUAGAUCUUGUCCUGUGCCAAAAAGUUAUACACCCAUCUUUGAAACAGUUCCUCAGCAAGCAUCACAUUAUUGCCAUUGACAGAGUUGGAGUGACUCUGAUGGAACCCCUGAGCAAAGUGACAGGAGCAACGCCUAUUGGUUCCCUAAACACAAUGGCUUCUUCUACUUACGGAAGUGUCAAAGGUGUGUGCUCUGCAAGAUUUGGCUCCAAACAUUUUUUCCAUCUUAUUCCUAAUGAGGCAACUACCUGCAGCUUGCUCCUCUGCAGCAGAAAUGACACUGCCUGGGAGGAGCUGAAGCUCACAUGUCAAACAGCAAUGCAUGCCUUGCAGCUAACAAUCAAGGAACCAUGGGUUUUAUUGGGAGGUGGCUGUACAGAAACACAUUUGGCUGCUUAUAUCAGACACAAGGUUCAUAAUGAGGCAGAAGACAUUGUCAAAGAGGUUGGUUAUUCUCGAGCAGAACUCCAGAUUGUUGCUGAAGCAUUUUGCAGUGCUCUGGAGUCCGUUGCUGGCUCUUUGGAACAUGAUGGUGGUGAAAUCCUCAUUGACAUGAAGUAUGGACACUUUUGGUCGGGUCAAUCAGAUUCUGCUUCUGUUGUUCACUGGCCCGAUAGGCUGUCUCGAUGUGGCUGUGGCUUAUACAACAGCCAGGAAGGACUCAGCUGGUCUUUCCUAAAAAGCACUCAUCAUCCUUUUGCACCACAAACCUGCCUUUCCCAGGCAGCUGUGGGCUCAGCCAGCAACCUGACUGUGGACUGUUUCACUGCCAAGCUUAGUGGCCUACAGGUGGCUGUAGAGACAGCCAAUUUGAUUUUAGAUCUUUCAUAUGUCAUCGAAGAUAAAAACUAACUUAAUAGAAUGGCAUAUUUAUGAAACAAGGCAGUUGAGAUGUCUAAGGAAAAAAUGGUUAUAUUGUUCUUUCCCAAAGGCCUGUUCUGCAUGGGUGGACAGAAGAUUUAUAACAUUAUAGACCUACCUACUUAAGGACGGGUAUGGAUGUUAAAUAGAAAUGUAUAGACUAAUAACUCUUGAUGCCUUUGUGUCAUCACCAUCACCCCACAUUGGGUGUCCUCUCCAUACAUUUAUGUUAGGAAGUUUAUAAACACUAAAGAUAGUAUGUCACCUAAGAAUAUCAGACUUGCUCUUGUACUUUCUUUCCAAGCUGCUCCAAUUAGGGAUGACCCUGAACCUUUCCUGCUGGUAAGAUAGGAGUCUUCAUUUUUUGUCAUAGCCAUUGUUCUUGCAUGUUUAGCUUUUCAUAGAACUUGUUACUUUCUUGAUGAAACAUUGUUGCUCUCAUUUUAAAUAUUAUAAAAAUUUGUUGGGAUGUUUUAAUAAAGUCAUUUGUGUUCCCUAAA